AUGCCAUUUCCUCUGGGGCGCUCUGGGAGGGUGGCUGCAGCAACUGGGUAUUGUUUCAAACGUCCGAAAUGCGAAAUGCGUUUGCCGGGUUGUUUUGUCCAACCCGCAGGAGCACUGUCAGCUGGCGGUCCGCAGCCUGCCCUGAAGCCGGUUGGCGGGCCUCUGAGCCUGGGGGAGGGGCAGAGGAGGACGGCCGCAGGAGAGUUAGUGGGUUUUAAAGUUUGUCCUCACCUAAAUGACAAUGAUACUUGAGUGCUUAUAACAUUAAAAAAAUAAUAAUUAACUGCAAGAUGGCACACUGGCGAAUGCUCUCUCUACUUGGUCUUCUGGCCCAGUGGUAGCAUCUUUGGGGGAGCGUGUUCGUGUUUGAAUGAGAACUAAAGUCACCUUUGAAAUCACUAAGCCAGAAUUAGCACUCUAUGAAAGGCUUUCCCAUAAUAUUUACUAGAACAUUUGGCUAAAAAUUGCUCUGCUUUGCCCACUGAAUGGCUGUGUAAUUAACCAGCCCUUGAUAACGGUACCUUGAGCAUCUCCUCUCUGUGUCUGCUACUCCUGGUAUUUGCAUGGGUAAGUUGUACGUUCAUCAGCAUAAUGAGUGUGGAGUCCCAGUCUAAUGGUCCAGGAGGACGUUGUAAACGAGACACUUCACUGUGCCUCGGGUUAAAUAUUUUAAACCAAACAAAUCGAAAAGGAGGGAGAAAACGGUAAACAUCAUUUGGGCCGCAUGAAAGGCCUUCUAAGCAGGGAGUCUGCCCAGAUCCAGGUCCUUGGGUCCCACACAGACGGGUCCACACCUCCCCUCACCCCCAGCAUCACCGACUCACACACAUAUUGAAAAUGGAAAUUUCCAAGAUAGUAGAUGUGACCCUUAGGCCAUGGCUUGGCGUGGUUAUAACUGGCUGGUGUUGCCAAGAGCAGAUUGCUGCUUCUCCUUGUUUUCUCUCAUCUAUGUGAAAUACCGCUAUUUGUUUGGUUUGUUUUUUGGUCUCCUCUAACCUUGCAAAGAAUGAUGAUGAGUGUGUUCUGCUUUCAGCCCUUUACAGUUUAGAAUGAGCCCUGCCCUUUCUCACGGUAGCCCCCCUGAGGUGGUGAAGGACAAGCCAACCCUUUGGUCCCAGUAGAAAAAGCUGGAGGCGGCAGGUGGCUUGCAUGGCAGAGGUGGGGAGCUAGAACUCAGCCCCAACAUCAUCCGUCAAACCUUCGCCUCCUGGCGUCCCAUCGAACUGGGUGCACUGGCUGCGACACAGAUGUCCUUGGUUCUCAUUUGAUUCAGAUCUGCCCCCAUGGUUAGGGCCCCGCCACACUUCCCCUUUCCUCCUCCCGUCUCUCAGGUUGGGACAGCGUCUGAGGCUAACUGUUGGAAGGCCUCAGGGUUGAGGGGUGUGCCGGUUUGGUGUGCAUCUCCGUUAGCAGAGAUUGUGGGGGACCCCACCCCGCUGAGUGCAUAACCUCAUGACCAGACUGAAGGCGGAGACGAGCAGGGCACCUGCAGGCCUUCUGUGGGAGUGUGAGACGGAUGGCAGUGAAUACUGAGAGCUUUCCUAGCCGGCCUCGCCCCUGGGCUUUUGCAUUUGAAUUGGCCAAACCCGCCCACCGUGUGGUCCUUGGGAAGAAAGGCGCUGCCAUUUGCCAGCCUGUCAGUUCUGUGUCCUGGAGGGUGUCGCCCCUCCAGCACCUCCAGGCUUCAGCCUGCAAUACCUUCCAAAACACCCUCCUUCCUUGCUUUCAUCCCCCGACCUCACCCCAUGCCCUGCCGGCCAGGGGAGAGCUCAAUGCCGGGUCUGUUGCUGGACUGGUGGUUGAUCCUGUGUGUCUGGGCCCCUUAGGCAGGCCUGAGCCUUUGAGUCCAUCUCCUCUCCUGGUCCCUGGGGGAUUGGUUCUGCCCACCCCACACUCAGUGGGAAGCCCAGGGUCUGGCAGGCUCCCGUGGGGUCCUGGAGUCUGAGGGAGGACCAAGGCAUCCAGGCAGAAUUUGGAAAUGGAGUGGAUCCGUGUUGAAAGGCAGCGUUGGGCCAGAUGGUCCGAGUCGGUUUGGCAAAGCUAUGAACAUGUUGGUGGCUGCCUCGCUCUGCCAUUAGCCCACUCACCCCCACGGUCUUCUCUUUUUCUGGAACCACAGCAGUGACACAUACAUUCAACAGAACCCACAAGGGUAAGAGGCCAAAGGAGAAAGUAAGCUGAGAAAAGGCGUUGGUUCCUCCGGGGCUGUGGCACGGAGUCCCGCAGUUCCAGACCAGCCGCUUCUGUGCCUGGAGGCCCUCUCACUCUCAGGCUCCAGGCUGGCUGGAUUUGCCCGUCAUCCCAGAUGUGGAGACCGUCCCGCCUUGAUGAGGAGGCUGCGUCCGAUCUACGGUUAUGUCAGAGAGAGAAGACACGGUUCAAUGUGCAGGCCGUCUCCCUCUCCAGCAUCUCCGCCCUCCAACUCCAGGACGUCCCUGGUCCAGGUGAAAACAAAGGCCUGUCUCAGCGGCCAUAACUCUGCCAGCAGCAUCUCAAAGCCAUUCAAAACGCCCAAAGACAAUCUACUUACCUCCAGCAGCAGACAGCACACGGUCUUUUCUGCGAAAGGAUCAAGGGACAAACCAUGCGUUCCGGUUCCUGUAGUCAGUUUAGAGAAAAUUCCUAACCUAGUGAAGGCAGAUGGUGCCAAUGUCAAAAUGAACUCUGCAACCACUGCUGCGGUCACGUGCUACUCCACUUCAUCCUCUGCCAUCUCUACCCCACCUUUAAUUAAGGCGGUCUUGAUGUCCAAGUCAGUGCCACCUUCCCCAGAGAAGAUCUUAAAUGGCAAAGGAAUUCUAUCCGCCACAAUAGACAAGAAACACCAAAAUGGCACCAAAAACAACAACAAGCCUUACAGGAGAGUUUCAGAGAGAGAAUUUGACCCAAAUAAACACUGUGGAGUGUUGGAUCCCGAGACAAAGAAACCUUGCACAAGAUCCCUCACCUGCAAGACACACUCGCUAAGCCAUCGGAGGGCAGUCCCGGGCCGGAAAAAGCAAUUUGACCUCCUUCUGGCAGAACACAAAGCCAAGUCUCGGGAAAAAGAAGUUAAAGAUAAAGAGCAUCUCCUGGCUUCAGCAAGGGAAGUACUUCCAAACCAGUCCGGGCCGGCUCCGGACUCCCUGCCAGGACCUUCAGGGAGCUCUGGACCAGAACCUAAAGUCGCAUCCCCUGCAAAAUCCAGGCCACCUAACUCUGUGCUUCCCAGACCAUCAUCUGCAAAUAGCAUAAGCAGCAGCACGUCUUCAAAUCACAGCGGCUACACUCCGGAGCCCCCUCUGCCCCCAGUUGGAGGUGACCUCGCCAGCCGACUGUCAAGUGAUGAAGGGGAGAUGGACGGUGCCGACGAAUCGGAGAAGUUAGACUGUCAUUUCUCCACCCACCACCCCAGACCUCUUGCAUUUUGCUCGUUCGGGAGUCGCCUCAUGGGACGAGGGUACUAUGUGUUUGAUAGAAGAUGGGAUCGUUUUCGGUUCGCACUAAACUCCAUGGUAGAAAAACACUUGAAUUCACAGAUGUGGAAGCACAGAAACCCGAGCCACAGGGCGUCAGGUCCCUCCCCCCUUUUCAGGACUUGCCUAACCAAUCUGCUGUCACUGAGCAACAUUGGGGCUGCCUGGGUGUCAACUCUGGAGAGCGUAGCACCCCGCUGCCCUCUCAACCUCGCUGCCCAAACCCCAGGCCCCAACGGGCCGGAACCUGGAGGGAUGGCAGCCGAUGGGGGCGUGGAAGACAUUAGGAAGAAAAGGAACAGCCAAGACUCUUUUUUCUUUAACAAGCAUUUAACUCUGCAUCAGGAGACGCCAACACAGUAUUCUCUUUCAGCCAGGAAGAUUCCUCCCGCGGCGGAUAGCCCCAUGGCCUCGCCGGCAGCCCACAUCGCUUCCCCCGUCGCCGCGCCCGUUUUACAGCCCUUCAGCUCCCCCAGUGCUGUGUACAUCCCUUCAGCUCCCAUCAGCUCGAGACUCACCUCUUCUUACAUCAUGACAUCCGCCAUGCUCUCAAACGCAGCUUUCGUGGCAUCGCCGGACCCCAGCGCCCUCAUGUCACACACCGCGGCUUUCCCUCACGUGGCUGCAACCCUCAGCAUCAUGGACUCAACCUUCAAGGCCCCAUCCGCCGUGUCCCCGAUACCAGCCAUCAUCCCUUCCCCAUCCCACAAGCCAUCCAAAACCAAAACCAGCAAACCCUCAAAAGUCAAGGACCUGUCCGCCCGUAGCGACGAGCCUCCAAGUAACAAAAAGAGGAAGCCGCAGUCUUCGACUUCCUCCUGCUCCUUACCCUUGCAGACACCCCUCUCGUCUCCACUAUCAGGGCCCCACAAAAAGAACUGUGUCUUGAAUGCCAGUUCAGCUUUGAACUCCUACCCAGCGGGCCCUCCCUAUAACAGUCUGUCUGUGCACAACUCCAACAACGGGGGGAGCCCACUCAGUGCCAAACUGGAGCCCUCAGGACGGACCUCGCUGCCCGGCGGCCCCGUGGACCUCGGGAGGCACGUGGGCUCGGUGGGUGGCAGCGGGGACUCCUGUCCCCUCUCCGUGCCCUCCCUUGCAGGGGACCUCUCUCUGGCCCCCCACAAUGCCGUGUCUUCUCUGCCCCUCUCUUUUGACAAAUCAGAAGGAAAAAAGCGUAAGAACUCGAGUUCUAGUAGCAAAGCCUGUAAAAUUACUAAAAUGCCGGGUAUGAAUAGUGUUCACAGAAAGAACCCGCCCAGCCUUCUCGCACCGGUGCCCGAUCCUGUUAACAGCACCUCCUCUCGGCAGGUUGGGAAAAAUAGCAGCCUAGCUCUGUCGCAAUCCAGUCCUUCAAGCAUAUCCAGCCCAGGACACAGCCGACAGAAGACCACAAACAGAACGGGCAGGAUAAGGACUCUUCCAUAACGAGACUAUGAAGCCACUUCCAAACCAAUGCCUGGCCGCCCGCUCCCACCCUGGGAGGCCGAGGGAGAGGCGGGGGGAGCGGGCAGGGGGAAGAGUCUCUUUCCUGUGGCUCUGCCUUUCUUCUCUUUUUAAUUGACCAAUUUUUAGUUUUGAAGAAAAAGAAAAAGGCAAAAGAACGUGAAAUUGAGAUUUACAGAAAACUAUA